AUCAGUGAGAAAUGGAUCAGACAGAAGCAGCGUCCGGCGAUGUGGUGUUGGAAUUUAAAGAAGACGUGGCACUAACGGAGAAAAUGCGUCUUCGCGUGUCGUCCCUCCAGCGCUCGGGCCAAAAGCGCCAGGACGGCGAGCGACUUCUGCUGCCCCACGAGGCCGUCUACCGACUAGAUUUCGGGCAUCAGGAGCUAAGCUUCCUUCGCUGGAACGUGUCGCUGGUCGGGAGCGGGCGCAUCACGAUCACGGGCAUUUCGCAACACUGGACGCCCGACCUGACCCACCUGAUGACGCGACAGCUCCUGGAGCCCGUCGGCACCUUCUGGCGUGGCCCUGACGACGACCUCAAGUGGCUGGAGGCCGACGUGCAAGAGUUUGGCGAGAGGAUCGCCGAACUAGCCAAGGUGCGCAAGGUCAUGUACUUCCUGUUCGCUUUCAAGGACGGCGCCGAGCCGCCCCAGCUGCAAUGCUCGCUGGCUUUUACCGCAUGCUGACUGACCUUUCCUUACAGUCCAAUAAAAAUGCUAAAACGGAUGACUUGUGCCUGGUAGUUGUCAUGUUUGUAUUCUCAGUUCUUUUUUCAUUCAAGCAGCUGAGUAAACUAGAGUGGCGGGGUUAUUCUAUGUUCUUGUGACGCAUUAGGAGCGCACUGUAUUUAAGGACGCCUUUGUCUAUCAACUGUGUUGACGAUUCCCUUGCUUACCGCUUUGUGUACCCUCAUCUUCGUGGUCUCUAACGUUUCCUAUGGUUGUAUCCUACUUUGAUCAUUUUGGCUUUCUGUGCUCUAUUUUCUAUUGGACUUUGUGCUCCCUUAGUUGUGUUAAAUUUGCGUACUUUUUGGCAUGCUCUCUUUGUUGUACUUUGUUAUAUUCGCUUACUUUGUGGUGUGCUCCCUUCGUUGUACUUUUUAAUUAAAUAAAAAAUUGUUACCUAUUUCUGGUCUCUGUGACAGUGGUAAAUCUUAUUGAAUCUGAUUUUUUUUUUUUUUUACUCAUUCACUGCCAUUGACAAUAACAGCCAUCAAACCUAUUUCAACUGUACAGCUGGCAUUGAGUG